GCCGUUUCGUUUAUUCCCUCCAUCUCCCGGUCAGCAGCUGCCACGCUCCCGGCUCAUUCUCCAGACCGCCCCGCAGCGCGGCAGAGCCGGCGAGGGCUCGCCCAGGAGCCAGGCGGCCCCGGGGCCCCUGCUGCCCACGCCCUCUUGGGGGCCACCUGCCACCAUGUCCAUGGCAGUGGAGACCCUGGGCUACUUCCUGGGUGCACUGGGGCUGCUGAUGCUGGGGGUGACCCUGCCACACAGCCAGUGGCGGGUGUCCACCGUGCACGGGAACGUCAUCACCACCAGCACCAUCUUCGAGAACCUCUGGUACAGCUGUGCCACGGACUCCACGGGCGUGUACAACUGCCGCGAGUUCCCGUCCUUGCUGGCGCUGUCCGGGUACCUCCAGGCCAGCCGGGCACUCAUGAUCACCGCCAUCCUCCUGGGCUUCCUGGGCCUCCUCCUCGGCGUGCCGGGCCUGCGCUGCACCACCGUGGGGAGCGAUGUGCUCUCCAGGAAGGCCAAGCUGGCAGCCACCGCCGGGGUCCUCCACAUCCUGGCUGGUUUCUGUGGGAUGGUGGCCAUCUCCUGGUACGCCUUCAACAUCACCCGGGAAUUCUUUGACCCCCUGUACCCUGGAACCAAGUACGAGCUGGGCCCGGCCCUUUACCUGGGCUGGAGCGCCUCGCUGAUGUCCAUCCUCGGUGGCCUUUGUCUUGGGGUCAACUGCUGCUGUGCCCCGGAGGAUGAGGUGGCCCCCGCCAGGACCUGGCUGCCCUACAAGCCCCCGACCAAGCCCAGUGCCAGCGUCAACACCCGUCUGCGGCCCGCGGCCUCCGUUGACGACGUGGACAGCAGCUUUGGAAAGUACGGGAAAAAUGCGUACGUGUAG